UUGCGUCCCACUCCACCUGAGGGCGAAGGUGCUGGCCAUGGGCGGCCGGAGGCCGGGGGGCGGCCGGACUGAGCCCUGCUGAGCCCGCGGGGCCGGCCAUGGGCGACCGCGAGCGCAACAAGAAGCGGCUGCUGGAGCUGCUGCAGGCGGCGGGCACUGGCAACGCGCACUGCGCCGACUGCGGGGCGGCGGAUCCCGACUGGGCCUCUUACAAGCUGGGCAUCUUCAUCUGUCUGAACUGCUCCGGAGUCCACCGCAACUUCCCAGACAUCAGCAAAGUGAAAUCUGUGAGACUUGACUUCUGGGACGACAAUAUUGUGGAGUUUAUGACCCACAACGGAAACCUCCGAGUGAAGGCCAAGUAUGAAGCCAGAGUCCCUGCUUUCUACUAUAUCCCCAAGGCCAGCGACUGCAUGGUCUUAAAGGAACAAUGGAUUCGAGCAAAGUAUGAGAGACAGGAGUUUACGGCUGAGGGGAAAACAAUCUCACCCCCAGGUAACCGAGAAGGGUUCCUAUGGAAGCGAGGAAGGGACAACGCACAGUUCCUGAGAAGGAGGUUUGUCCUCCUGGCAAGAGAAGGCCUCCUGAAGUACUACACUAAAGAAGAAGGUAAAGGGCCCAAAGCUGUCAUCAGCAUCAAGGACUUGAAUGCCACCUUCCAGACAGAGAAGAUAGGGAACCCCCAUGGGCUGCAGAUCACCUACCGAAGAGAGGGCCACGUCAGGAACCUGUUUGUGUAUCAUGAGAGUGGGAAGGAGAUAGUGGACUGGUUCAAUGCCCUCCGUGCAGCCCGUCUCCAAUACCUAAAAAUGGCCUUUCCUGAGCUCCCGGAGCCUGAGCUCGUGCCCCUCAUCACCAGGAACUACCUCAAGCAAGGCUUCAUGGAAAAGACUGGUCCAAAGCAGAGAGAGCCUUUCAGGAAAAGGUGGUUUGCCCUGGAUCCCCAGGAGCGGAGGCUGCUCUAUUACAAGAACCCGCUGGACGCCUUUGAGCAGGGCCAGGUAUUUCUCGGGAGCGAUGAGCAGGGGUACCAGGUGUAUGAAGACCUGCCUAAGGGCAUCCGAGGGAAUCGCUGGAAAGCCGGCAUCACCAUCGUCACCCCGCAGCGGAGGUUCAUCUUCACCUGCCCCAGCGAGAAGGAGCAGCGCGAAUGGAUGGAGAGUUUUCGGGAUGUCCUCUCCCGCCCCUUGACUCCCCUCAACCUCCUCACUGCAUCAACAGAGAGUGGCUACAGCAGCAGGUGACCCACUGGCCAGCCAGCGCACCUGGUGGGAAGGAGAAGUUUUCACCUUGGCCUUGGGGGCCCCGCAGGUGUGCCCCACAGUCGACAGCUAUCAGGGGCUGUGAACUCUGCCAAGACCGAAGCUUUGGCCUUUAUCUGCCGGCUCUCUGGGCUUCCCCGCUACCUAGCUCUGGGGGUCUGAUGAUCUGGUAAAUGUUCUCAGGGCCCAGGACAUCUGAAAUGAAGGCAUUGCAAUGGAAAGGCACCUACAGCAUCACACCAAGUGGCAUGCUUGCUGUAAACAAGAACAACAACAAUAAAAAGUUAAAUCUGAAUCUAACCAUGAGGAAACAAUCAGGCAAGUCCACAUUAGAGAAAUUCUGCGAAACAACUGGCUGGACUCUUUAAGAAUGUCAGUAUCAUGAAAGAUCAAGUAGUCUGGAAACUGUUCUAGUUUAGAGAAGACUAAAGAGACAUAGCGACAACAUGCAAUUCAUGAUUCUUGAUUGGAUCCUGGAUUUUAAAAAAACACUUAUAAAGGAAAUCAUUGAGAUAACUGGGGAUAUUUGAAUAUGGAUGGAUGUAUAUUAGCUAGUAAUAUUGUAGCAUUGUGAUGAUUAUGCUGUAUUUGUGUAGGAGAAUGCUCCUGAUCUUAGGGGAUAUGGGCUGAGGUGUUCAGGGGUAAAAUGUAAUCAUGUCUACAACUGACUUAAAUGGUUCAGCAAAAAAUGUGUACGUGUACAUAUAGAGUAUAUACAUAGAUAUAGUGUGUGUGCAUUUAUGUAUGGAAGACAGGAAGUCUGUGUGUAUACACACACACGCGCGUGCACGGGGAGAGAGAGAAAGCGGGCCACUGUGCAAAAUGUUAGCAACUGAUGAAUCUAGAUGAAGUAUAGCUGGAUGUUUAUUGUCCAAUUCAUGUAAAUUUUCUAUAGGUUUGAAAGUUUUCAAAUUUAAAAGUUGGGAAAAUUUUUUUUUUUUAAAUCCACUUUUCAGUCUUCAAAAGUAGUGGGUUUUCUACAUGAAUCGAAAAUGUUCCUGGGAGAGUUCUACCUUUGUGCACAUUUUAGAAGAAAUAAAAGCCCAGAUAAGGGCUUCCCUGGUGGCGCAGUGGUUGAGAAUCCUCCUGCCAAUGUAGGGCACAUGGGUUCUAGCCCUGGUCUGGGAAGAUCCCACAUGCCGUGGAGCAACUUAGCCCGUGCGCCACAGCUACUGAGCCUGUGCGCCUAGAGCCCGUGCUCUGCAACAAGAGAAGCCACCGCAAUGAGAAGCCCACACACCACAACAAAGAGUAGCCCCCGCUCGCCACAACUAGAGAAAGCCCAUGGGCAGCAAUGAAGACCCAGUGCAGCCAAAAAUAAAUACAUUAAAAAAAAAAAGCCCAGAUAAUACAAACAAACAAAAAAACCAAUGUCCCCAUUGACCAUCCACGCACUCUGGAAGGAAAGAAGGAAGCUGAGAAGGCAACUCAGCUGGACCCCAGGACAGAGAGCUAUCCAGCCCGAAUGCCGGGUCUGGCCCUGCCACUAAUGAGACUGCUGGAAAUCUCACUUCCCCACCUCUGUGCCUUGGUUUUUCUCUUUCAAAUGAGGAAGUUGUACUAACUACUGAAAUUCAAUGGAAGCAACAAGUAUUUUUGAGCACCUCCCAGGUGCCAGGCUGUGUGCCGAGCCCUGGGAACAGGCAGGAACCAGAUGAUGUGGUCUCCGCUGUCACAGAUUUCAGCCUGCUGGAAUGCAGCCUGUACAUGGGGCAGGACCAUGAGACCAGUAUUCCGAAAGGGGAAGUGGGGCUGCUGUGAGACGUGUGGCAAUACGGUUCACCCUAACUGAGGGGGAGAGGGGAGACUCCUUCCUCUCCAGGAAGUGACGUUGAAGUCAAAACCUUAAAUUGUUUAGAGGUUAGUCAAAGGGAAGAGGGCCAGGAAAACACUCUAGGUUGAGGGAAGAAAAUGUUCGAAGGCUCUCAGAUGGGAAAGAGGAACUGAAAGAAAUCUCAAGUGGCUGAAAUGUUAGAGAAAUAGAUCACCCAGGUCUCUGCUCUGUGAUUCUUUGUCCCUUCGAGUGACGUGGAGAAAGACAUUGAGUGUUUUCAUUUCAGUGGAGACCCAGAGGUUGGGAGGGUCUUUAAGACAGUCUCUGCUUUUUAUGGAAUUUUCCUUUGAUCCCCCAAUCAGAGGACAAUCAACGUCAUCGGGAUGUCUUUCCUGAGGCUUCCUGACUGCCCAGAUGAAGACGUGGUUGCUUCCUCUUCUGGCUCCUAAAGCACCUUGAAAAUGUUUUUCAGCACCUGCUGUGUUCUAUAUUAAGGGUCGAUCUACUUGUCUGCCUUUUUUUUUUUUUUAACACGACCCGUGAGCUCUGUUGACUGUACUCUGCUAAGUUCUGAGAAUGACAAAAUCAGUAAAGGCAUAGUUCCACCUUCAAGGAACUUAUAGUCCAGAGAGGAAGAAAGAGAAGUAAACAGGCAAUAACAAAACUACUUGAAGAGGCAAAUUGGCAUUCUUAGGAGUCCCUCAGCGGGGCAGAGAACAGACACAAGAGAUGGAGACAAAGUCCCAGUUAAAUGGAAUGUCUGGUUUUGGUUGGUUUCUGAGGCCUAGCUGAAUCUGUCUUUGGGUUUCCCAAGGAUACUUCUGUACUCUUACAUUAAAUCCUCUUCUCCCUUUUGACUUGUUAGUACAAGGAGAUUUCUGUUACUUGAAUCGGUCCUGACUAAUGAAGUUCUCCAAAAGAGGUAGUAUCUAUGCUGAGUCCUGUAGAAGGCACUUGGGUUGGGGUUGGGGGGGAGACAGAGUGUGUACAAAGGCCCAGAGACAAGAGAGAACAUGGCCUGUUCUGGAAAUUACAAAUAAUUGAAUAUGGCUAGAGCACAGAUCGCUGGGGGCAGGAGGGGGGUCAGCUUCCAAUAAUGGUGGAGUAGCUCAUAUCAGCACAGCCAUUCCACAGAUAACAAUUAGAAACUCUGUACAGACUAUAACAGAAAUUAUCUGGAGGCCUUGGAAAAUAACCUAAAUCAGUCAGAGAGGAGUUGGCACUAGGAAGCAAGGAAUGGCAAGGGUGAGUUUCUCAUUUUUUUGCUUUUCACCUGAUGGCAGGCCCCAGUCAGUGCCUCAGGGGACACUAAAUUCUGAUGGAAACCUGCAGUCGUACUGGUUGAAAAAUAGAGGACAGAGUUUAGGGCAACUUUAGCAGCAGGGAAGUCUUGGAGAAGAGGGCUACAGAAGGGGAGCCCUGAAUUCUAUUAUCUGCCUGCUCUCUGGAGGAACAUAACAGAAUCCAGAGGUUUGACAUUCAUAAUAUCAGGAUGCAACCCUAAAUUAGUAGACAUAUGAAGAAACAAGAAAAUAUGAAUUGUACUCAAGAGAAAAAAAUCAAUCAAUGGAAACUGAUUCCAAGAUGCCCCAGAUAUUGGAAUUAGGCAAGAAUUUUAAAGCAGCUAUUAUACCUAUGCUCAACAAGUAAAGGAAAAUAUGAUCAUAAUGAAUAUAUGGAUAUGAAAUUUCAAUGGAGAAAUAGAAACUAUGAAAAAGAACCAAAUGGAAAUUCUAGAACUAAAAAAUACAAUAUGUGAAAAAAAAAAUUCAGCUCAACAGUAAAUUGGAAAUGACUGAGAGUCAGUGAACUUGAAAAUAUAUCCAUGGUAAUUAUCCAAUCUGAAAAACAGGGUGAAGUAAAGGAUUGAAGAAGUAAAAAGAGAGGACUUCCCUGGCAGUGCAGUGGUUGGGACUCUGAGCUUCCACUGUAGGUGAUGUGGGUUUGAUCCCUGGUUGGGGAACUAAGAUCCCACAUGCCAUGUGGCAUGGCCGAAAAUUAAAAAAAAAAAAAAAAGAAGGGGCUUCCCUGGUGGCGCAGUGGUUGAGAAUCUGCCUGCCAAUGCAGGGGACACGGGUUCGAGCCCUGGUCUGGGAAGAUCCCACAUGCCACGGAGCAACUAAGCCCGUGAGCCACAACUACUGAGCCUGCGCGUCUGGAGCCUGUGCUCCGCAACAAGAGAGGCUGCGACAGUGAGAGGCCCGCGCACCGCGAUGAAGAGUGGCCCCCACUCGCCACAACUAGAGAAAGCCCUUGCACAGAAACGAAGACCCAACACAGCCAAAAAUAAAUAAAUAAAGUUAUUAAAAAAAAAAAAAAAAAGAAGAAGAAGUAAAAAGAAAACCUCAAAAGCUCUAAUAUACAUGUUAUUGGGGUCCCAGAAAGAGAGAAGAGAGAGGUAUUGGGACAGAAGAAAAUAUUCGAAAAUAUAUUGAUUGAAAUGUUAUUAACUUUGGUGAAAGACAUGCAGAGACUCAAGAAGCUUGGCAAACUUAAAGUAUUUAGAAUAAAUACAAAGAAAACUACAUUCAGGUACAUUACUGCCAAUCUGCUGAAGACCAAAGAUAAAGAACAGAUUUUGAAAGCAGCCAGAGAAAAACGAUACAUUACAUACAAGGAAAUGUUGUUUCUUAUCAGAAACAAAGAAAAAAAAAAAAUGAAUGGACUUCCCUGGUGGUUCAGUGGUCAAGACUCUGAGCUUCCACUGCAGGGGGCGCAUGUUUGAUCCCUGGUCCGGAAACUAAGAUCCCGCAUGCUGGGCGGGGCAGCCAAAAAAAAAAACCCCAACACAAAAACAAAACAGAAACAAAGGAGGCCAGAAGGUGGAAAGACCUCUUUAAAGCACUAAAAGAAAAAAAAAAAAAAAAAAAUCAGAACUCUAGAGAAAAUAUCUUUCAAGAAUAAAGGAUAUGUAGAUCUAUAUCUAUAUCUGUAGAGAGAGCAAACAAAAAAAAAACUUCAGAAAAAGAAUAAAGGCAAAAUAUCACUGAAUUGUACACUUAAAAAUGAUUAAAAUGGUAAACUGUUUAUAUUUUACCCCCCGAAAAAGUGCAAAAGGCAGAUUUUUUCUUAAAAAGGCAAACAAAAAAGAUAUUUCUGGAUAAAGAUAAUUGUACAUUUCUGACAGAACUGCAGUAUAAGAAAUACUAAAGAAAGUUCUUUGGGGUAAAAGAAAAUGAUACCAAACAGAAACUCUGAUCUUUAGGAAGCAAUAAAGUAUAAUAGAAAUGGUAAAGAUAUAAGUAAAUAUAAGACUGCCUAUUUAAAGCAAGAAUUACAUGUGUUAUGGUUUAUACCAUCUGUAGAGAUAAUGUAUAUGACAACUACAGCAUGAAGGCCUGGAGUAAAUGGAACUCUACACUUUCAAGCUUCUUAUAUUUUACAUGAAGUGGUACAAAAUUAGGUCUACGUAGAUUGUGAAAAUUCAAGGAUGUAUACUGUAAUCCUUAAAGCAACCACUAAACAUAUAAUGCAAAGAGGUAUAGCUAAAAAGCUAACAAGGAAAUUAAAACAGAAUUUUAAAAAGCAUUUGAUUAACCCAGAAGAAGGCAGGAAAGGAAGACAAAAUGAAUAUGAAAUAGAUGAGACAAACUGAAAAUAAAGAACAAAAGGGAGACCUUACCAUAUCAAUAAUUACAUUAAAUAUUAGUGGAUUAAACAGUUAAAUUAAAAUGCAAGAUUGUCAGAGUGGAUAAGGAAGCAUGACCCAAUUGCAUGAUGUUAAAAAGACAUUUUAAAUCUAAAGACAUAGAUAGAUUGAAGUUAUAAGUGUGGAAAAACAUAUACCAUGCAGACAGUAACAACAAGAAGGCUGGAGAGGCUAUACGGAGAUCAGAUAAAGUAUUUUUUCAAGACAAGGAGUAAUAUCAGAGAUAAAGAGUGAUGUUUCAUAACAAUAAAAGGUGUAAUUCAUCAAAAGACACAACAAUCAUAGAUGUGUAUGUGCCUAAUAAUACAGCUCCAAGGUAUGUGAAGCUGAAACGGACAAAAUUUAAGGGAGAAAUAGACAACCAUGAAUCAAAAAAGAAAUCACAUGGGAAAUUUAAAAGAUUUAUAACUGAAUGAUAAUAAAAAUACAUGUCAAAAUUGAAAUGAUGCAGCUAAAGCACUAAUUAAAGGGAAAGGCAUAAGAAUCAAUGACCUAUGGCUGUACGAAUAUGGUAACAGUAGCCACACGUUGCCAUUGAGGAUUGAAAUGUGAUUAAUACAACCAAGGAAAUGAAUUCUUAAUUUUACUUCAUUUUAUCUAAUUUAAAAUCAUUUAAAUUUAAAAUAAAAAACUGGGGGAGUUCCCUGGUGUCUAGUGGUUAGGAUUCUGCACUUUCACUGCCAUGGCCCAGGUUCAGUCCCUGGUCAGGGAACUGAGAUCCCGCAAGCUGUGCUAUGUGGCCAAAAUUUAAAAAAAAAAAAAAGUAAAAAAUAAAAUUAAAAACUGGAGCAGUGUAAGAUAUUUUUUCUUCAAACACAACUUAGUUGUUUUGGUAAGACGUAUAUUUUAAUUUAACCAUUGCAUUGCAUAAGAUAUUUAUUAUUUCAGUUGUGGAAAAAAAUUUAAUGAUGAGGAAAAGACUAAAAACUAAAUUUUAUAAAAAGUGAAGUAUCUUCAGUUAAGCUGCCAAACAAUUACCUGUAGAAUACGGUAUUUUUUCCUAAUAAUGUCAAAGAUCAGCUGAUUCAAAAUUUGAAAAAAUGCAGGCACUUUUCUUUAGUUUUAGGUGAGUUGUGUGAUACAAGACUAACAAUAAUUUGGGUAAGUUUUGUUUCAGAGGACUUUUAAAUUUAUGAGGAAGGGCUUCCCUGGUGGCGCAGUGGUUGAGAAUCUGUCUGCCAAUGCAGGGGACACGGGUUCGUGCCCUGGUCUGGGAAGAUCCCACAUGCCACGGAGCAACUGGGCCCGUGAUCCGCAAUUACUGAGCCUGCGCGUCUGGAGCCUGUGCUCCACAACAAGAGAGGCCGCGAUAGUGAGAGGCCCGCGCACCGCGAUGAAGAGUGGCCCCCGCUCGCCGCAACUAGAGAAAGCCCUCGCACAGAAAUGAAGACCCAACACAGCCAUAAAUAAAUAAAAAUAAAUAAAUAAAUUUAUGAGGAAAUAUCAAUCCACUGCCUAAAAAUCAAACUGAUGGUGUAGAUAUUUUUGAAUCUUUUACAUCUGUAAGAGAAGAAUUUCAGGUAGAUAUGGAAAACCUAAUUUUUAUUGUGACAGAUGGUUCUUUAGCUAUGUUAGGUCAAAAAUUCAAAUAUUGAAAUUUUAAAAUAAGAGACUGAUGAUUCUCUUAUGAUUUUGUUCCAUUUUAUGACACAAAGUAAAAAUAUUUAUGUUCAGUUUUCUGAAACAGACUAUGAAAACUGUCAUGGAUACAGUUGUUAAAAUUGUUCAGCAUGUACAUGAAAAUGCUAUGAAUCACUGCCAGUCUAUAGAACUGUUGAAAGAAAUGAAAAACAAUUCAGUGAUCUCAUAUUCUUUGCCAAUGCUUUUGGUUGAGUUCUGGAGUUUUACAAUUAUUUAGUGUACUCUUAAUUUCAACUCAAGAUUUUCUUGAAACCAAAGGAAUGCUUGCAAAAUUGUCGAUAAUCAAAAACCUAAGGCAGUGUGAUUAUGUUUUCUCACUGACAUCCCACUGCAUAUGAAUGAGCUAAUUUUGAAACUCUAAGGAAAGUUAAUUUGUGACUUAGCUAAGCAGUUACAAGAAUUUAUGUUGCUAUGAAAACAUUUAAUAAUACAAAUCACUAGUAACAAUUUUAUACACUUUUCUAACAUGAAUCAAUAUGCAGAACACUUUAAUUAUAAUCAGUAGUAACAUGUAAAUUGUCCAAAAAUACUAUAAGAAAAAUUUGCAGGACACUUUAUUGAUAUUGAAGUUGCUCUUAAAUUUAUGCACUAUCCCUUUGAAAUAAUACUGAGUUUACACUAGAGUUCAUGAAUUUAUUCAACUUGGAGAGGCACAGUUUUCAAACUAAUAUGCUUUUGCUUUAAAAGAGUUAAAUCAAUUUUCCCCAAAAGAUGAAACAGUUUCGUCAAUACAAUGUGAUAUUAAAUGGUUUGUUUUCUUA